AUGGAAAAUGAUCAUCGUGUACUUCAUUAUGAAGCUGUUUUGGAUAGUCCCCUUGAAGACGAUAAAUUACGUAAAUUUAUCAUUAGUUAUCGUCUUGGUGAUGACACAAUCAGUGUUCAUGAACCACCUCAACGCAAUACAGGUAUUAUUGGUGGACGAUUUCUUGAACGAUCUCAUUCUACACUUGAACGUCCUCAAUUUUAUCGUCCAGCAGAUUUUUAUAUUGGUGCAACCAUUGAAGUAUUUCGUCAACGUUUUGUUAUUCAUUUAGCUGGUUUAUAUGCAUAA